CCUGGCAAAAAUGACAAGACAGAUAAGAUCUGCCAACAUUGGGCUGAUUCUGGCCUUGGUCCUUAUGGUUCUUCACAGAGGAUCAUCAGCUCCAGCGUUAACGUGUGGAAUUCAACGGCCUGUUCUACGGAUCGCGGGUGGCGUGAAUGCCCAGCCUGGCGAGUGGCGGUGGCAAGUCAGUAUCCAAUUUCGCAACCAACAUGUAUGCGGAGGAAGCCUCAUUAAUGAUCAAUGGAUUGUCACUGCUGCCCAUUGCUUUUUCGAGAUUGAAAAAGAAAUCCACGUGGAGCGCUGGAGCGUGCUCUUGGGAAGUCUGAAGCUGACAGGCCGGAGGGGCAGAGGGUCAAAACGGAACGUCUCCAUGAUUAUCCCUUACGAAAACUACACCAGCUAUGAGAUGGGUCAUGACAUCGCUCUGGUGCACCUGGCCAAGCCGGUGCACUUCAACAGAGACAUUGCACCCAUCUGCCUGCCCUAUGCUGAUCACCGUUUCGCCUUUGGGACCCAGUGCUGGUUGACUGGCUGGGGAGACGUCGAUGCCAAUGUCCAUCUGCCAGACCCCAUGCCCCUCCAAGAAAUAACCAUGGACCUCUUGACCGUCGACACCUGCAACUGCAUUUACAGCAAUCUGCGCAACAGGCGGAUCAUCAACCCUGCCUUGCCUGGCAUGGUCUGUGCCCUGACCCCUGACCGCAAGAGAGGACCUUGUAAGGGCGACUCAGGUGGCCCGCUGGUUUGCCUGGAGAAUGGCAGAUGGUUCCAGGCUGGGGUUAUGAGCUCCUCGCUGAGUUGUACCCAAUUCUACGGUCCCACCCUCCUGACGGACACGAGAGCCUACGCCAAUUGGAUCCAGCAUCAUGUUGAAGGGGCCUCUUUCGCCAAUCAGAUUGAGCCCAUACCCAACACCACUGACAGUUACAUGUGCACAGGCUGUGGGGUCCUGAAACAGGAGAACAAACAAUGGCCUUGGUAUACAAGCCUACGGUAUCAAGGAAAGCAUGUCUGUGGAGGCACUUUAAUUGGUGAAGACCAGGUGCUGACUGCUGCCCAGUGCUUCAUUGGCCGCCAGGAACCCGAAGAGUGGGAGGUGUUUCUGGGAGAGCAGCUGGACGGAGGGAAUCAAAUGUGGCAAGAGAAGAGAACUGUCCAAAACAUUGAGCUACACGGUCUCUACAUCAACAUGAUGGAAGGUUAUGACAUUGCGAUAGUCACCCUGGAACAACCUGUGGUGUUCAACGACAGCAUCCGGGCCAUUUGUGCUCCCUAUGCUGCCCACCAGUUCCCCUUUGGCUCUACUUGCUGGACCCGCGGGCGGAGAGUUGAUGAUCAUGGGAAGCCAGGUCCUCUGGAAAGUGUGGAGGUGAAGAUCCUUGGCCCAAAGAAUUGCAACUGCCGCUACAAUGUGAGCAGCCAGCCUGGGAAUGAAAUUCCCAUCGUAUCCGAGAUGAUCUGUGCAGCACCACAUAAUAGAACCCUGCUUUGUGAGGUAAGCCCCGGAGACCCCUUGGUUUGCAGCCACAAUGGGGUGUGGUUCUUGGCCGGAAUUUCCAGCUUUGGAAAUGGAUGUGGAACUAUAAUUCGUCCAGGGGUUUUCACACCAGUCCAGAACUACGAAGAGUGGAUCAUGAAGGCUGCCUGGUCCGCAUACUACAAUGUGCAAAAGCCCCCUCUACCAAAGGCCACAGAUGAAGAGACUUGCUUCAAAGUGUAGCUUUCUUGUUAACAUCUAGCAAACUCAUGAAUCAGGAUUUCUCUUACGGUGAACGAUUGAAAAGCAAACUUUUGCUUCAUCUUAUGAUCCGUAUAUACCUCUGUCUUGAAGCAAUUUGAAUCUUGGUAUAAUAAUCCAACAAGCCAGAGAAAUUCUCUAGUCAACAUUGCAUUCAAUUUACUUAUGUUUCUCAACUGUGGCAACUUUUAAGAUGUAUGGACUUCAACUCCCACAAUUCCAUGUCACGCAUCUUAAAGCUACCAGUUGAGAAGCACUGUCUUAGACACCCUGUUCAUACAGUUACAUUUCUCAUUUCAUUAUUUUUUUUAGUCUGUGGUUCUCCAAGCCUGAUUCUAAAAUAAAAAAAAAAAUUAUUUCCUUUUUUCCACCUCAAACUAUGCCCGGGACUAAACUGACCCAAACUGACUUGCCCAGUUUUUAUACUCCCAAAAAUCCAUUUUCAAAGGCUGUGAAACUUAUAUAGUCAAUAUGUCAUGCUCUUCUUUUAUCAUUUUCUAAAAAAAACCAGACCACACAUACCAAGUGACCUGUGUACUAAAUCUGAGCUUUCUAGUGUAAGUAGAGUCUUGCCAAUUAGUUACAGACAGCCCUAUACUAUUUACAUUUUGUUUCAGUGACUAUGAGUCUAGUAUUUCAGUAGAAUUAAUAGACAAGAGGAUUGAGACUGACAUACUUCCCUCAAUGCAUUAAACCAUGAUAUGGCUUGUUUCCUUCAGCAUUAAGUAUUCUACAAACUUAACUGCUGUGGUUUUUGGCUUAGCUUUUUAAAGAAACCCUAAGGGUGGUUUAUUAUACUGUGUAUACCAUGGUUAUAUAUAAACUUUUGUACCAUGAGCCCAGACUACAGCUUCCUUGGCAUCUGUAGCCAAGCCAGGAAUCAAGGUUUCUUACCCUACUCUUGCUUCCUUCGAGCCUCAGCACUUCACUACAAAUCAUCUUCAUUUUGAAAGCAGGAUGUGGGCAGAAUCUUGGGUUUUUCUUCUAAAUUAAAGGCAUCCAAGCUAAUUUUGAGGGUUUUUUUCUCCCAAGAUGAUAAAACUGACAUGGAUUUGUUGGUGUAUUUACUUUCAAUGUUCUAUUUAAUGAAGUAAGUUAUUUAAACAUUUCUAAACAAAUCUAAUUAUUUGUACAUAGUAAUGUUGCUGAUUGUAUAGGUUUUAAUUGUUGAGAACCAGCAUCUUGUACUCUAGAAAGCAUUUGGUUGUUCAUCUUUUGUCUUUUUAAAACGUCUUCUCCCCCAUACUGAUUUAUAAUAUGCUGUACUUUUCUGCCUCUGUGUGUAGAUAUAUUUAUAUUUGAUAACAUGUAUUUAUUAUAUUUGGUUUUUCUAUUAAGUUACUGUGAACAUUUGUUUGAAAAAAUGGGAUAUAAAUAAUAAUAAAAGCAAGGCAAGCA